UUAAGCAGUGGAGCGCGUUGUGGGUCACAUUGUCACUGAAUACCUGAAUACCUACAGGUGCUUAUCAACUUCCAGAGAACCAACAGAGCAGGAGCGCCAAGACCAAGAAACCAUGGCUAACGGCAAAGUCUUACUCAUGGCUGUUCUGUGCUCUCUCAUCAUCCUCACCACCUUUAUUGGCAACGCAGAGUCAGCCAGCUGCUGCCUGAAUUACACCAAGCGCCAGCUGCCCUGCAGACGUAUCAAGGGCUACACCAUCCAGACCAUCAACACCUCCUGUGACAUCAAAGCCAUCAUCUUCCACGUCAAGGGGAGGUUUGUGUGCGCUGAUCCCACACAGAGCUGGACCCAGAACAGGAUGAAGUGUGUGGAUGAAAGGAGGAGGAAAAACGCUCCCCAGAACCCUGCAUCAAAAUAAAAAGAGUUCACAUCUGCGCCCACGAGAGAAAAACACUUCACAUUCUGCAUUAUUCAAAUGAAUCUAACAGGGACUUUGUUAUUUUUUUAAAAAAACUUGCUCUGUAUAUUUGUUAGACUUGCUGUGUAUAUUUGUUCUGUUUUAUAAACAGGAGAAGUGUAGUAUUCGUAAUACAUAGAACGCUGUGCCUGUAGCUACAGUGCUAAAAAAAAGAAAAGAAUUUGUUAUUGUCUAACAGCUCUGACAUUUAUUGUUUUCUCUCAGAGAGAUGGAGUCUGAAACAUUGUGUGUGUCUCAGAAAGAGGGAACUUUUGAUUGUUAUUCAUAUUUUUAAAGACUUUAUUAAAACAGAUAUUUGAUAAUA